CACCCCUAUCAUGCAUUUCGACUCGGAUUGAAAUUUUCUCCGUUUGGCAACUUUGGUAUCAUGCGUUCCGUUCCCGUUCAGUUCAACUUCGAAAUUUACGAUUAUGCCUAUCAUGCAUUUCGAUCGUAGCUCCGUUUUGCUAAGUUGCAAUUUUGUUAACGGAGAACUUUUUGUGUUUUUAUUUUGAUUUUAAAAUUUUAUUAUUUGAGUGAUAUUUUUGGAAUUUUAUAAAAAUGUCAAAAACAACAACACCACAACAGUACGUAAAAUUAGCAGAAAUAAUGGAGAAAAAGCCAGAUAUAGCUAACGGUUUCCACAAGGGACCUAAGGAAGAUUUGCAGGCUUUUUGGCAAGAGGUGGCUUCUAAUUUAAAUGCACUUGGUCCACCAUCUAAGGACUCACUUGCGUGGAGAAAAGUUUGGAUUGACUGGAAGUGCUACAUCAAACGAAAGCUGACCAGCAAUAAAAAGGAAAUGCUGAGCACAGGGGGAGGGCAAUGUCGUCUACAACGCAUAAGUCCACUGGAGGAGAAAAUUGUGCGCUUAACAGGGUUAGAAAUAAGUACAAGUGGGAUACAAAAUACCUUCGAUUAUGGCGAUAGCACGCAAGACGCAGCCCGAACCUCCGAAAUGGACAUUUCGGCACAUGCAGACGAUGUGCCGUCAACCAGCAGAGCUGCUUACAGAGAGAGACGACCAGAAAAGGAGAGCGCAGCAUCAUUACUAAGGGAGCAACAAGAUCUCCAGAAAGAAUUUUAUGCCGAAACAAAACUUCAUUAUGAAUCUAUAGAUGGCAAAAUGAAGGAAACGGUAACAUAUUUACGUCGAAUGAACCGCUCUCUAGAAGUAUUGGCAGACACUGCAGUUCAGCAGCUUCAAGAGCAGCAACGACACAAUAGAGUGAAAGAGCAACUGCUAAAAGAAAAGUUAGAUAUUAAAUUACAAAUGUUGAAAUUAGAUCCUAAUUAUAAAUACUGA